AUUAGGUGCACUAUGAGGUGGAGGACAUUGUCAAUAAGUUAGAGGAAAAAGGUCUAAGUCCUGGAAACUCCACAGAAGAAUAUUUGGCCUUUUUGUGGAACCUUUACCAAGUAGCAGAAAUAAAUUUACUGGAUGCAAAUAACAGUUUGGAGGAGCUGAAACAGCAACAGGCAGAAGAAAUGAAAGAGGUGGAGAACUAUGUGGCCCAUAUCCGUAGCCUCACCGAGGAGAGGGAGGCCCUCACCACAGACUUUGAGAAGGAAAACGUACAGCUACGGAUUGAACUUGAGAAGGUGCAGUUCCAGCAAGAAUCGCAGUUGAAGGAAGUUGAAGAGAUGUUGGAGCAAGAAGGCUUGAGUGAGAUCGCCCAGAGCAGCCCUAGUGAGCAGGUGGCCUAUCUGCUGGUGGAAAGAGCCACACUGUUAGAAAAGCUGGAGGCCCUGGAGCUAAGGUUGGACUCCCGUUCAGAGAAUCUCAGCAGUGAGAAGCGACAGGAUGAAUUGGAACAAAUUCAUCGGACAUUAGAGGAGGAACUCUAUCAGCAAUGUGAAUCCAUGAGACGCACCAAGGAAACCCUGAAUAAGGAGCCCCUAUCCUCUCUUCAGAACCCCUGGAAGAAGUUGUUUGGGACUCGUAAAAAUGACUGUUCAACAUUUGAUGAAGAGCUAGAAAAAGAGAAGAAAAUGAGGGAGUGCUUGGAAAGGGAUCUGAACGAAGCUUCCCAGAGGCUGAAAAUGGCCCAUGACGAGAUCCGCAAGCUGACUGAUGAAUUACUCAUUAAGAAAAAGGAAAUUACAGAGCUUGAGCAUAUUGUGGAGAAGAAGCAACACGAGGUAAAUGUGCUUCAACAGGAACUUAAAACCCAGAAAGAGAGUGAUUCUGCUGAUUUGCAAAAAGCCAAAGAACAUAACCUUCGAUUAGAUAAGGAGAUUCUCGCCUUACGCCAACGAGUCAGAGCACUGGAUUCUGAAUGGAAGAAGCACAUAGAACAGAGUGAAAAGAGCGACGGUGACUCCAUGUCCACACGCUCGAACAAGCAGGACAGUGAAGAACUUCAUAAAAAAUGUAGACUUGCGGUUGAAGGAAAGGAAUGUGUAAAUAAACAGCUCCUCCACAAACUGAAGAAGCUCCAGGCAGAGUAUGACGAUAUAGUGGAACGCAAUGAGGAACUGGAAUCCAUUCUGGGAGAGUCUCAGAACCGAACAAAAGAACAAGUAGAUUACUUGGAAUCUGAAAUAGCUGGGCUCCAGAGAACUAUUAUAAAUUUGGAGUCGGAGCUGACGGAACUUGUGGAGCAGCGUGAAGCCAAAGAUGAGGCCUGCUCUUCAGACGGACUGGGCUUAGAUGUCAAAAGGAUGUCAGAAAUGGAACAGGAACUGACUGAACUAAAGCCAAUGCUGAAGGGUGUAGAGGACCAACUGCUGAGAUCGGAGCGGGAGAAUAACAAUCUGCGUUCAAAAAAUGAGCAGCUGGAAAAAGAAACACAUUUGCAGGAUAAUAAGAUUUCUGAGCUGAUGGAGCAGUGUAAAAGGCUGAAAUUGGAAGUCACUGAAAAGAAAUUUCACAUAAAUAAGCACUUUGUAGAAGGGGGCAAGGAUCUGGAAAAGGAAAAGUGGAGUGCUGCUUUGUCCGAGCACCAGAGGAAAUGUGAAACUCUCCAGAGACAAAUCCAGGAUGGGCUGGAGGAGAAGCAGCACCUAUGGGAGGAGAACUUGCAGCUCAGACAAGAAGUGACAGUUUGCAGGCAGGAUCUGCAGGCCAAGAGAGAAGAAAUUGCACGCCUAAGACAGGAUCUCUUCAAUUUGCAGAAUCCAAUGCCCAGACCUCAGACAUGCGUAGAUGGAGCUCAAAAGACUGUUUCACAGAAUCUAGCUGGGGACGCUCUUAUCCAGCAGCAAUUUGAGGAAAUCCGCCAACUCCGUCAAGACCUCAACAGAGUGCACAAUCUCUGCAGCUCGGCAGAAAAAGAACUGCGAUACGAAAGAGACAAAAACCUGGAAGUCAAAAAACAAAAUAUCCUCCUGCAGAAGGAACACACUAAGGUGAGUGAGGAACUAAACCAUGUGAAACAGAAGUAUGCCUCUGUGACAGCGACACUCUCCAGCCUAGAAGUUGAGCGGGAGCAGCAGCAGCAGAAGAUUAAGAUGAUGGAACUGGAGUUUCUAAAAAUGAGCCGCAAUUCUAAAGUUCAGAACAGCUGGCAGGAGAAACUGGAGCAUGAAAAAUGCCGAGCAGUGGAUGCUGAAAAACUGGUCUCAGAUCUGCAGCAACAACUGCGAGCAUCACAACACCAAAUUCAACUCCUGGAAACCCAGAUAGCAGACAAGCGCCACCUGGAGGAAGAACUGAAAAAGAUAAGAGAGAAGGAAUCCAAGGUGAAAAUGGAAUUACAGGAGGAACAACUUAAAAGGAAAGUCUUUGAUGAAAGUUUGGAGGUGUGUUGCAGCAAGAAAUUAAAACCCUUCAUGAGAAAGAGAUUUCACUGACUGAGAGCAAUUGUGCCCUUCAAAUUAAACUGCACCAGCAGCAGUCAAUGCUGCACCACCUGGAUGAUGAGAGGAAGUCUGUCACUUCUGAGCGCACAAGUUGUGAGAGCGCCAAUCAGAAGCUUCUGGAGAAACUGCAGGAUAUGCAGCUAGAGAAAGAGCAAUUACUGAAGGAAUAUGAUAUUCUCCUGAAACGGCUGGAUGAAUCCAUCAGGAAAUACAAUGAAAUGCAACUACGCCACAAAUCCAAACUCAGCCGAGCCAAGGAAAUGUAUCUAAACGAGCUGAACCAGAAGGACCAGCACAUUAAACAGCUGGAAAUGGAGCUCAGUGUGUCCAAGAGCCAAACAGAGAAGGAACAGCAGCUGAUAAACAGCAUCACCACAGUGAAUGAGCAUUUACAUGAAGAGAAGAGACGGCUGCUUCUGGAGAUCACUGAGCACGAAGCUUCGGUGAGCAACCUCAAGUGGAGGUUGCGCUCAUUAAUGAACAGGAGUCAGAUUCUAGAUCAUGAAAAACCAGCAGCUGAGGGAAAGCGUACUUCAGCUUUAUAACCAGAUGCGCUCAAUAAAGCAAGUAUUAAAGAAACUGCAAGCCCUCAACCUACCUGAUAUUGCAAUGAUGAUUCCAUCUGAGUGGCUAUUGAGAACAGAUGAAAUGAUAAAUCUGCCAAAUGAAAGCUUUUCAGAACUGGCACGCCAGAGCUCUCCUGUGAUUAAAGUUUCUGAAGAUGGAAAUGUGGAACAAUCUCCAGAAAGCACUUUUCCACUCCCAGUAUCCCGCUCUGAUACAUCGGAAGUUGGAUAUCUUAAUGUUCCUUCUCCCAAGGUCCCCAUUGCAGCCUCAGAGGACCGUGGAGCACCAGAGCCAACCAUUGACAAUGUAUAA